GAUUAUUCGACGCGUCGUCGCGCCGAGUUAACGACUCUUUCGGGAGGAGGCUUAAAGGAAAAAAAAGCCUAAACGAAUUUUUUAAUAAUUGUUUCAAAAAAAAAAAAAUUAAUAAGCAAUUUUCAAAAAAAAAAAAAAAAAAAAAAGAGAAAAUAUUUCAUAAAGUGGUGAUUUUUUUUUUAUUAAAGGAUAGGAAGGAAUUUCUCUCGUUCAAUGUAUGAUUAGAUGGAAAAAGAGGAUUUUGUAUUUGUAAACGGUAAAAUUUCUCCUACAUACCGAGGGGCACGUGUGCGUGGUGUGCAUGCGCUACGAAUCACAAAACCCCUUCUGAAAAAGUAUUGGAUCCAAAGGAAUUCUCAACAUCGAAGAAUAUAACCAAAAGUUCAGUCGGUGAUCAACGCUGCAAAGAGGCGCUAGGCUCGGUUAUCUCCCGCGCAUUGAGCGGAAACCGGCGCCAAAAAGAAGAAAAAGAAAGGAAAAACCAUGCGGAAAAGAGAUGCUAAAUUCAAUAAUACGUGAUUCAAGACGAAAAAUUGGAUUUUUUUUUGCAAAAAAAGCUUAUAUAUGACUGAAAGAAAAAAAAUAUAAGUGCCUGAGUCCCUAAAAAAAAAAAAAAAAAAUUAAAAAUUAAAAAUUAUACACACAAUAGAGAAGGAUGGCAGACAGCGAGGGAGGAUCUGAACAGGAUGACGUAUCCUUCCUCCGUACGGAAGACAUGGUAUGUCUUUCGUGUACAGCUACGGGGGAAAGGGUAUGUUUGGCAGCCGAGGGUUUUGGAAAUCGGCACUGUUUUUUGGAAAACAUAGCAGACAAGAAUAUUCCGCCUGAUUUGUCACAGUGUGUAUUUGUAAUAGAGCAAGCACUUUCGGUACGAGCACUACAAGAGUUGGUCACGGCUGCUGGGUCUGAGACGCAACAAGAAAGUUUAGGAAAGGGUACAGGAUCGGGUCACAGAACAUUGCUUUAUGGCAAUGCAAUUCUUCUCAGGCAUCUUAACAGUGAUAUGUACUUAGCGUGUCUAUCCACGAGUUCUUCAAACGAUAAACUUGCUUUUGAUGUCGGUUUACAGGAGCACUCUCAAGGAGAGGCUUGCUGGUGGACUGUACAUCCGGCUUCGAAACAAAGAUCAGAGGGAGAAAAAGUUCGAGUUGGUGAUGAUUUAAUUCUUGUAUCAGUCGCCACAGAAAGAUAUUUGCACACGACUAAAGAAAAUAACUUAUCAGUAGUAAACGCUUCCUUCCACGUAACACAUUGGUCUGUUCAACCUUAUGGGACUGGCAUAAGUCGAAUGAAAUAUGUAGGUUACGUGUUUGGAGGAGACGUCCUUAGAUUUUUUCAUGGUGGUGACGAAUGUCUCACCAUACCUUCGACAUGGAGCACAGCUCCCAAUCAAAAUAUAGUUAUUUACGAAGGAGGAAGUGUAAUGAGUCAAGCUCGAUCCCUGUGGCGAUUGGAGCUUGCAAGAACAAAAUGGUCUGGUGGAUUUAUUAAUUGGAUGCAUCCAAUGAGGAUUAGACAUUUAACCACUGGACGUUAUCUAGGUGUUAAUGAAGCCAAUAAUGAACUAUACCUCGUUGACAAGAAAGAGGCAACCACAGAUAUAUGUAAUUUUUUACUGCGACAAGAAAAGGACGAUCAAAAAGUUGCUCUCGAAGACAAAGACCUGGAAGUUAUUGGAUUGCCCAUUAUCAAAUAUGGUGAUUCAACUGUUAUCAUGCAACAUGCACAAACGAGUCUUUGGGUGUCUUACAAGUCGUACGAAACGAAGAAAAAAGGUGUUGGAAAAGUCGAAGAAAAACAGGCAGUUUUGCAAGAGGAAGGAAAAAUGGACGAUGGUCUUGAUUUUUCCCGAUCACAAGAAGAGGAAUCUAGAACUGCCAGAGUAAUUAGAAAAUGCAGUAGUCUUUUCACACAAUUCAUCACAGGACUAGAAACGCUGCAGAUUGAUCGAAGGGCUUCCCAAUUUUUUAAAAAUGUAAAUCUCAACGAAAUGGUUAUGUGCCUCGAGGAUUUGAUCAAUUACUUUGCUCAACCUGAAGAUGAUAUGGAACACGAGGAAAAGCAAAAUAAGAUUCGUGCCUUAAGAAAUCGUCAGGAUUUAUUUCAAGAGGAGGGAAUAUUGAAUCUUAUUUUAGAAGCUAUUGAUAAAAUAAAUGUUAUUACAUCGCAAGGAUUUUUGGUUGCACUUUCUAGUGAUGAGAGUGGACAAUCAUGGGACCAAAUAUCCGGUUAUUUGUAUCAAUUAUUGGCUGCCAUUAUUAAAGGCAAUCAUACGAAUUGUGCACAAUUUGCCAAUAGCAAUCGUCUUAAUUGGCUCUUCAGUCGGUUAGGAUCACAGGCAUCAAGCGAGGGAACUGGAAUGUUAGAUGUGUUGCAUUGUGUGCUUAUUGACUCGCCAGAAGCAUUAAACAUGAUGAGGGAUGAGCACAUCAAGGUGAUAAUAUCCCUUUUGGAGAAGCAUGGAAGAGAUCCAAAAGUACUGGACGUUUUGUGUUCCCUUUGCGUGGGAAAUGGAGUGGCAGUACGUUCGUCGCAGAACAAUAUUUGUGAUUUUCUACUACCGGGAAAAAAUUUAUUACUACAAACACAAUUAGUGGAUCAUGUGGCGAGUGUGAGACCAAAUAUUUUCGUUGGCAGAGUCGAGGGAUCGGCGCUCUAUCAAAAAUGGUAUUUUGAAGUAACAGUGGAUCAUAUUGAGCAGACAACACACAUGAUGCCACAUUUGAGGAUUGGAUGGGCCAAUAUCGCGGGAUAUGUUCCCUAUCCGGGUGGUGGUGAAAAAUGGGGUGGCAAUGGAGUUGGUGAUGAUCUUUAUUCAUUUGGAUUCGAUGGCUCAUAUCUUUGGACGGGUGGUCGUAAAACUCGUGUAAUUGAAGACGCAACCGAGCCAUUUAUCAAGAAAACUGAUGUAAUUGGAUGUUCUCUGGAUUUGACGGUUCCGGUGAUAAAUUUUGCCUUCAAUGGAAUACCAAUUAAUGGUUCAUUUCGAAAUUUCAAUCUCGAUGGAAUGUUCUUUCCAGUGAUUAGUUGCUCGUCAAAAUUAUCAUGUCGAUUUCUUUUGGGUGGUGAUCAUGGACGAUUGAAAUUCGAACCACCUGAAGAAUUUUCACCCUUGGUUGAGAGUCUUCUUCCACAGCAGAUUCUAUCGUUGGAUCCUUGUUUUUAUUUUGGAAAUAUGGGCAAAGUGGUGAUUGCCGGUCCAUGGCUUGUUGAAGAUGACACUGCCUUUGUGCCAGCUCCGGUUGACACGUCGAUGAUCAAUCUACCGAGUUACGUUGAACAAAUAAGGGACAAACUUGCUGAAAAUAUUCACGAAAUGUGGGCUAUGAAUAAAAUUGAAGCUGGAUGGAUUUUUGGUGAACAGAGGGAUGAUCUUAAUAAGAUACAUCCUUGUAUUGUACAAUUUGAGAGAUUACCAAACGCUGAGAAGAGAUAUGAUACACAAUUGGCUGUUCAGACUUUAAAGACAAUUCUUGCCUUGGGGUACUAUAUAACUAUGGAUAAACCACCAUCGAGGAUUAAGACAUUGAGAUUGCCGAAUGAACCUUUUUUGCAGAGCAGUGGAUAUAAGCCAGCGCCACUUGAUUUAACUGCCAUUACUUUGACACCGAAAAUGGAGGAACUUGUUGAUCAAUUGGCGGAAAAUACUCAUAAUUUAUGGGCGAAGGAGAGAAUCAGCCAGGGCUGGACUUAUGGAUUAAAUGAGGAUUCAGAGAUGAGACGAAGUCCUCAUCUUGUUCCUUAUCCAAAAGUUGAUGACGCUAUCAAGAAAGCUAAUCGUGACACUGCUAGUGAAACUGUUCGGACUUUACUUGUUUAUGGAUAUAUGUUGGAUCCACCAACUGGAGAGCAGCAUGAAGCACUGCUGCUGGAAGCGAAUCGAUUACGUCAAUUGUCGUUCAGAACUUAUCGAGUGGAGAGGCAUUAUGCUGUUACGAGUGGAAAAUGGUAUUUUGAAUUUCAAGUUUUGACUGCUGGACCAAUGAGAGUCGGAUGGGCCAGGGCUGAUUGUCCACCGGGAAAUAUGUUGGGCAAUGAUGACAGUACCUGGGCAUUCGAUGGUUAUAACGAGGAAAAAGUUUACUCGGGCACUGCUGAAACAUUCGGUAAACAAUGGCAAGUUGGAGACGUUGUUGGGGUUUUCCUGGAUCUUAUAGAUCGAACAAUUAGCUUCUCGCUGAAUGGAGAACUUCUCAUGGAUGCUUUGGGAGGAGAAACUUCAUUUGCAGACGUCCAGGGAGACUCAUUUGUUCCAGCUUUCACUCUGGGGGUCGGACAAAAGGCUAAAUUAACAUUUGGACAAGAUGUUGAUACACUGAAAUUUUUCACCACCUGUGGUUUACAGGAGGGAUAUGAACCUUUUUGCGUAAAUAUGAAUCGACCGGUGACCUAUUGGUACACAAAGGAUCAGCCAAUUUAUGAAAAUACAGAUGACAUGUCCGACACGAGAAUCGACGUGGCGAGAAUUCCAGCCGGUUCAGAUUCACCACCAUGUUUAAAAAUUUCACACAAUACUUUUGAAACAAUGGAAAAGGCAAAUUGGGAAUUUUUACGUCUUUCGUUGCCAGUUAUUUGUGGUUCUACUUUUAUUUCCGAUGCUGAUAAAAUGAGACGAUGGCAGGAAAUUAAAAUGAAACAAAAUAGACUUUUAGCUGAACAAAUGGAACAAGUGCAACAAGCAACACCUUCCGCUCAUAUUGAACAAAUCAUGAGAUCUGGAUUUAGCAUGAGCGACAUUAAAGGAUUACAGAGAAAUUAUUCUGAAGAUGCAGUGGAAAAUGAUGAAAUGAUGAAAGAAUCACCACUUCCGAUUCAACGAAAUAAACCAUCAAGACCGCCAAGAAAAGGUUCUGUUCCUCGGGGUCUAGAUCGAGCAACCAGUGAAGCUGAAAUGAACGGUUAUGGAGAAAUGAAUGGUGAUCUUAAGGAUGACAAGAAAAAAAGAGGACGAUCACCGUUUCGCAAGCGUAGUAUCGAAAUGGAAGAUAUCGCUUCGAACGUGUCUAGAUUUUUCUCGAGGAAGGCAAAAUCUCCAGACGCAAAGGCCAAGACUCCGGAACCAUUUGCGAGAUCCGAUGUUUCUGAUAGGAGCAUGAAGCAAACAACUUUGUCAACUUCUGGCAGUCGAACAGCUCAAAUUAGAACUUCAACGAACGAUUUGACAAAAAUGAUGCCACCACAAAUUCCCGAAAGAAAUGCACCGAAAGCAAUGUCAGUAAUGACUGGAACUGGAAUCGAAUCAAUUGGAAAUGAAAUUUUCGAUGCUGAUUGUUUAAAAUUAAUGAACGAAUAUUUUUAUGGUGUACGAAUUUUUCCCGGUCAGGAUCCAACUCACGUUUAUGUUGGUUGGGUUACAUCGCAAUAUCACAUUCACACCAAGGAUUUUAAUUUGUCAAAAGUUCGAAAAGUAUCCGUGAUCAUCACUGACAAUUAUGAUCAGCCUUUGGAACAAGUGGAUCGUCAAAGUUGCUACAUGGUUCGAGCAGAUGAACUUUACAACGAGGUGACACAGGACGCAUCGGGUAAAGGAGCAUCACAGGGAAUGUUUAUUGGUUGUUUUGUUGAUACAGCCACGGGUUGGAUAAGUUUCACCUGUGAGGGAAAGGAAACGAGUCAUAAAUUUAAAAUGGAACCCGAUACUAAACUCUUUCCAGCAAUAUUUGUCGAAGCGACUAGUAAAGAAAUUUUGCAAAUUGAACUUGGAAGGACCUCGACUACACUUCCAUUAUCGGCAGCUGUUUUACAGAAUUCAGAGCGUCAUGUGAUUCCACAAUUUCCACCUAGACUGAAGGUGCAGUGCUUGAAACCUCAUCAAUGGGCCAGAGUACCAAAUCAAUCUCUUCAAGUUCAUGCUUUAAAAUUAUCUGAUAUUCGAGGAUGGUCCAUGCUCUGCGAAGAUGCUAUCUCAAUGUUGGCACUUCAUAUACCUGAAGAGGAUCGUUGUAUCGACAUUUUGGAAUUAAUUGAAAUGGAUAAGAUGCUGAGUUUUCAUGCACACACACUGACGCUUUAUGCCGCAUUGUGCUACCAAUCGAAUUAUAGAGCAGCACACGCUUUGUGUCAACAUGUUGAUCAGAAACAAUUAUUGUAUGCAAUAAGAGCUGAAUAUAUGUCAGGACCCUUGCGACAAGGAUUUUAUGAUCUUCUUAUCGCGUUGCAUCUCGAGUCUCAUGCCACGACAAUGGAAGUUUGCAAAAAUGAAUACGUCAUUCCAUUAGGACAAGAAUUGAAAGAUUUAUAUGAAGAUUUAGAAAUGAGACAUAGUUUGAGGUACCUAGAAACUGAGUCUGUUCGCCCUCAAAUGAAAAUGAGUGAAAUAGGAGAGAAUCAGAAUAUUGAAAACAUCAAAAGUCUAUACAGUCCACAUUUCCCUCUGGAUAUUGUUCGAGAUUAUGUAAUGAUGGCUCUAAAUGAAGCUGUUGAAGUCAAUCAGGUGCAUAACAGAGAUCCAAUCGGAGGCAGUAACGAAAAUCUAUUUUUACCUCUAAUAAAAUUAGUGGACAGACUUCUAUUAGUUGGAAUGCUGAGAAACGAAGACAUACAAAAAUUGCUAACUAUGAUAAAUCCAGAAACAUGGGAUGACACUUUUGAUAAAGAGGGAAAAGACGAACACAAAAAAGGACUUUUACACAUGAAAAUGGCAGAGGGAGCAAAAUUGCAAAUGUGUUAUUUGCUUCAUCAUUUGAAUGACAUUCAAUUGCGUCAUCGUGUUGAGUCGAUAAUAUCAUUUAGUCACGAUUUCGUUGGUGAUUUACAAGCUGAUCAAUUAAGAAGAUACAUUGAAAUCAAACAAUCCGAUCUUCCUUCAGCUGUAGCUGCAAAAAAGACAAGAGAAUUUCGAUGUCCUCCUCGUGAGCAGAUGAAUGCUAUUUUGAAUUUUAAAAAUCUCGAGGAAGAGGACAGUGAUAAUUGUCCAUGUGGCGAAGAACUUAUAGCAAAAAUGAACGAAUUUCACAGUGAACUAAUGUCAUAUGUCUCGUUGACUGCUCUUCAAGAGGCUGCUGAUGCUGCUCAAGAGAUUGUCGAAAUUGAGAAACCUGGAGCCAUGAAGAGACUCUUUAAUUUCAUCAAUACUGUCAAGGAACUUGAGGAGGAAGCCAAACCUGAACCGGAGCCACAAAAAAAGACGGCUGAAGAGGUGUUUAGAAAAGUUCUGAUAGCAACAAUCGUCAAGUGGGCCGAAGAAUCACAAAUUGAGACUCCAAAAUUAGUUCGUGAGAUGUUUAGCCUUCUUGUUCGUCAGUACGAUACAGUUGGAGAAUUGAUACGAGCUUUGGAAAAAACAUACGUGAUUAAUAGUAAAACGAAACAAGAUGUCGCAGAAAUGUGGGUGGGAUUAAGUCAAAUUCGAGCACUUUUACCUGUUCAGAUGUCGCAAGAGGAAGAAGGUUUGGUGAGAGAACGUCUUUGGAAAUUGGUGAACAAUCAUACAUUUUUCCAGCAUCCAGAUUUAAUUCGAGUUCUAAGGAUACAUGAGAAUGUGAUGGCAAUUAUGAUUAACACUCUCGGUAGAAGAGCUCAGGCACAAUCUGAUGGUCAAGCUCAAGCUCAAACAGCUGAAGGUGAAGUUCCAACUAAAGAGAAGGAUACAUCUCACGAGAUGGUUGUUGCUUGUUGUCGAUUUUUGUGUUAUUUCUGCAGAACUUCUCGACAAAAUCAAAAAGCCAUGUUUGAUCAUUUUGAUUUUCUGCUGGAGAACAGUAAUAUUUUAUUGUCAAGACCUUCACUAAGAGGAUCAACACCUCUUGAUGUGUCUUAUUCAUCGCUGAUGGAGAAUACAGAAUUGGCUCUUGCAUUAAGGGAACAUUAUCUUGAAAAAAUUGCCAUUUAUCUUUCACGUUGUGGAUUACAGUCGAAUUCCGAGUUGGUGGAAAAAGGUUAUCCUGAUUUAGGUUGGGAUCCUGUUGAGGGAGAACGUUAUCUUGACUUUCUUCGAUUUUGUGUCUGGGUCAAUGGCGAGAGUGUUGAAGAGAAUGCGAAUCUCGUGAUUAGAUUGUUGAUUCGACGACCAGAGUGUUUGGGUCCAGCUCUUCGUGGAGAAGGUGAAGGAUUAUUGCGAGCAAUUAUAGAUGCUAACAAAAUGUCCGAACGGAUUGCUGAUCGUCGAAAACAUUUUAAACAGCUCCAAGAUGAAGCUGAAGGAACUUCAACAGGACUACAGUUUGAGCAUCCCUUACCAGAAUCAGACGAUGAUGAAGAUUACAUAGACACUGGUGCAGCUAUUCUCAAUUUUUACUGUACAUUGGUUGAUUUAUUGGGACGUUGUGCUCCCGACUCUUCUGUGAUUGAACAAGGAAAAAAUGAAUCACUUCGAGCUAGGGCAAUUUUAAGAUCACUGGUACCUUUGGAUGAUCUUCAAGGAGUUCUUUCGUUGCGUUUUACAUUGCUCAAUCCAGCAGCAGGUGAAGAGAGACCAAAAAGUGACACACCGUCUGGAUUGAUUCCAGGUCAUAAGCAAAGUAUCACAAUGUUUUUGGAAAGAGUUUAUGGAAUCGAGACACAGGAAUUAUUUUUCAAACUUCUUGAAGAAGCCUUUUUACCUGAUUUACGAGCUGCCACUAUGCUUGAUAGGAACGAUGGUUACGAAUCAGAUAUGGCUUUAGCAAUGAAUCGUUACAUAGGAAAUAGUAUUUUACCGUUGCUAAUUAAACACUCGAAAUUUUAUAACGAGGCAGAUAAUUAUUCUAGUUUACUUGAUGCGACACUUCACACUGUUUAUCGUUUAAGUAAAAACAGAAUGUUGACCAAAGGACAACGAGAAGCGGUUUCAGAUUUCCUGGUUGCAUUAACAAGUCAAAUGCAACCCAGUAUGCUGCUGAAGCUUCUUCGAAAAUUGACUGUCGAUGUUUCUAAUUUAUCGGAAUAUACAACAGUAGCUUUGAGGCUCUUAACAUUACACUAUGAUCGUUGUGGAAAAUAUUAUGGAUCAACUGGAUCGAGUGGUUCGAGUCCUUAUGGUGCUUCCAGCGAUGAAGAGAAAAGAUUGACAAUGGUUCUUUUCAGUAAUAUAUUUGAUUCUCUGUCAAAAAUGGACUACGAUCCAGAAUUAUUCGGAAAGGCUCUUCCUUGCUUAACGGCCAUUGGAUGUGCUCUACCACCAGAUUAUUCUUUAUCUAAAAAUUGCGACGACGAAUGGUAUGGAAGCAAAUCGGCUUCUACUCAAUCUACCGAUGGUCCCUAUAAUCCUCAACCAAUCAACACUUCUAGUGUGGUGCUGAAUAAUGAUUUGAAUCAAAUAGUUCAAAAGUUUUCCGAACACUAUCAUGAUGCCUGGGCAAGUCGAAAAUUAGAAAAUGGUUGGACUUUUGGAGAUUCCUGGUCAGAUGCGAAUAAAACACAUCCGAGAUUAAAGCCCUAUAAUACGUUGAAUGAUUAUGAACGAGAAAGAUAUAAGGAACCGGUUCGAGAAAGUUUGAAAGCACUUUUAGCAAUUGGUUGGAGUGUUGAACACGCGGAGGUUGAUAAUAAAUCAACGAAUCGUAAUUCUUUGAGACGAUCCUCCAAAAGUCAGGGUGAUUCUGCAAGUCCAUUCAACUAUAAUCCUCAUCCUGUUGAUAUGACAAAUUUGACAUUAAGUAGAGAAAUGCAAAAUAUGGCUGAAAGAUUAGCGGACAAUGCUCACGAUAUUUGGGCCAAGAAAAAGAAAGAAGAACUUCUUACUGUCGGUGGUGGAAUACAUCCUCAACUAGUGCCCUACGAUCUUUUGACAGACAAAGAAAAACGAAAAGAUCGUGAACGUUCUCAAGAAUUUUUGAAAUAUCUCCAAUAUCAGGGAUACAAACUUCACAAACCAAAUCGUGGAGGAGAAGCGGAAGUUGGAGGAGUUGGAGCGGCAGUAGAAUUAAGAUUCGCCUAUUCUCUGCUUGAGAAAUUGAUAGAAUAUCUUGAUAAAGCAACUAUUAAUAUGAAACUUUUAAGACCAUCGGACACCUUCAGUAGAAGAACAAGUUUCAAAACUGCUACCAGGGAUAUUAAAUUUUUCAGCAAGGUAGUUUUGCCACUUGUGGAAAAAUAUUUUAGCACUCAUAGAAAUUAUUUUAUAGCCGUUGCAACAGCUACCAAUAAUGUUGGUGCUGCAUCUCUCAAAGAGAAGGAAAUGGUAGCUGCCUUAUUUUGCAAAUUGGCAAGUUUACUCAGAUCAAGAAUGGCUGCCUUUGGAGCAGACGUAAGAAUUACCGUCAGGUGCCUUCAAGUUUUAGUUAAGGGUAUUGAUGCCAAAUCACUAGUGAAGAACUGUCCAGAAUUUAUUCGAACUUCCAUGUUGACUUUCUUCAACAACACUGCUGAUGAUCUUGGUCAUAUUAUUCUCAACUUACAAGAGGGCAAAUUCAGUCAUCUUAGAGGGACUCAUUUAAAAACAUCCACAUCGCUCUCGUAUAUUAACAGUGUCAUUCUUCCAGUACUCACAGCCAUGUUUGAUCAUCUUGCAACUUGUGAAUAUGGCAGUGAUCUUCUAUUGGACGAAAUUCAAGUAGCUUCCUAUAAAAUGUUGGCCUCACUCUACACCCUCGGUGUGGAUUCCACUUUGACUCAAGAUCGAAAAUACCUAAAAACAGAAAUCGAGAGAAGUAAACCAAAUUUAGGUUCAUGUUUAGGAGCCUUCUCCAGCUGUUUUCCAGUGGCUUUUCUCGAACCACAUUUAAAUAAACAUAAUCAAUUCUCCCUGUUAAAUCGAAUAGCUGAUCAUUCACUAGAAGCUCAGGAUGUAAUGACAAGAAUGGAAUCAAGUAUGCCAACAUUGGAAACAAUUUUAUCAGAAGUGGAUCAAUUUGUUGAAUCUGAAAAAACUUACACUGAUGCACCGCACGUUGUUGAUGUGAUUCUUCCACUUCUUUGCUCGUAUCUUCCAUUGUGGUGGGCUCAAGGUCCGGAUAAUGUGAAUCCAACGGAAGGCGCAUACGUCAGUAUGGUGACAAGUGAUCACAUGAAUCAACUUUUGAAAAAUGUUCUCAAAUUGAUUAAAAAGAACAUUGGAAAUGAGAAUGCACCAUGGAUGACGAGAAUUGCGGCUUACACACAGCAAAUUAUUAUCAAUUCUUCGGAAGAAUUACUCAAGGAUCCAUUCCUACCUUUGGCGGAACGUGUGAGAAAACGUACUGACAAUAUGUUUCACAAAGAAGAAUCACUUAGAGGAUUUAUUAAAUCAUCCACCGAUGAUACUUCACAAGUUGAGGCACAAAUACAAGAAGAUUGGCAAUUAUUGGUUCGUGAUAUCUAUUCAUUUUAUCCACUUCUCAUCAAAUAUGUCGAUCUUCAACGUAAUCAAUGGCUGAGGAAUAAUAUUUCGGAAGCGGAGGAUCUUUAUAAUCACGUUGCGUCGAUAUUUAACAUUUGGUCGAAAUCGCAGUACUUUUUACGAGAGGAACAGAAUUUUAUAUCUGCGAAUGAAAUUGAUAAUAUGGUUCUUAUUAUGCCUACUGCGACGAGGAGACCAGCGGCUGUGAGUGAAGGAGCGACUCCCGCUGGAGGUGGAAAGAAAAAGAAGAAACAUCGGGAUAAGAAACGAGACAAGGACAAGGAAGUUCAAGCAUCACUGAUGGUAGCAUGUUUGAAGAGGCUUCUGCCAGUGGGAUUGAAUUUAUUUGCAGGACGUGAACAAGAAUUGGUUCAGCAUUGCAAGGAUAGAUUUUUGAAAAAAAUGGCCGAGCAUGAAAUUACGGAAUUUGCAAAAACUCAAUUGACCCUACCGGAUAAAAUUGAUCCAGCUGAUGAAAUGUCUUGGCAGCAUUAUUUAUAUUCACAACUUGGUCAAAAAAAGGAUGUUAUGGAACCAGUGAAAGCUCAACAAAUCGACGAUGUUGUUGCUAGAAUAACAGAUAUGGCGAAAGUUCUUUAUGGCUUGCAUAUGGCGACAAAACCGCCACCAUCCCGAGGUGGAUGGAAUCGUGUGCUGUGUGCAGCCAGAAAGAGAGCGGCCAUUGCAUGCCUACGUAGUGAACUCCUCUACAAGCUAAGAAGGCAUCGGGCUAUAAAUAUUUUUGCCCGAACAUAUUAUGAAUUAUGGCUUCAGGAUGAAAAUGUUGGCCAGGAAGUUAUGAUUGAAGAUCUUACGCAAUCGUUCGAAGAUGCAGAAUUGAACAAAACGGAUGGUAAAGAAGAUGAAGGUAAACCGGAUCCACUGACACAAUUAGUGACAACAUUCUGUCGAGGAGCAAUGACUGAAAGAUCUGGAGCACUUCAGGAAGAUCCUCUUUAUAUGAGUUACGCGCAAAUUAUAUCGAAAUCCUGUGGCGAAGAAGAGGAAGAAGAAGAAGGUGAAGGUGGUGGCGAAGAAGAAGGACGUGCUUCAAUUCAUAAGGCACGUUUAUCAAGAAUGAGGCCAAUGCAUAAAUUAAUGGAACAAGAAAUGGAAAAACAAAAAUUAUUAUUUCAUCAAGCGCGACUUGCAAAUCGCGGAGUUGCGGAAAUGGUUCUUCUUCACAUAUCAGCUUGCAAAGGUGUUCCUAGUGAGAUGGUGAUGAAAACUCUCGAAUUGGGAAUCUCUAUUCUUCGUGGUGGUAACAUUGAAAUUCAAAAAGGAAUGUUGAAUCAUCUGAAGGAAAAAAAAGACGUUGGUUUCUUCACAUCAAUUGCGGGAUUAAUGAAUUCGUGCAGUGUUUUGGAUUUAGAUGCUUUUGAGAGAAAUACCAAGGCAGAAGGUCUUGGUGUUGGAUCAGAUGGAGCUGCUGGUGAAAAAAAUAUGCACGAUGCUGAAUUUACUUGUGCAUUAUUCAGAUUUAUUCAAUUGACCUGUGAGGGUCACAAUCUUGACUGGCAGAAUUAUUUAAGAACUCAAGCGGGUAAUACGACAACGGUAAAUGUUGUAAUUUGUACCGUCGAUUAUUUAUUACGAUUACAAGAAUCAAUUAUGGACUUUUAUUGGCAUUAUUCGAGUAGAGAAUUGAUUGAUCCUGCGGGUAAAGCAAAUUUUUUCAAAGCUAUUGGAGUUGCGAGUCAAGUUUUUAAUACACUUACGGAAGUAAUUCAGGGACCUUGUGCACAAAAUCAACAAGCACUUGCUCAUUCGAGAUUGUGGGAUGCUGUGGGUGGAUUUUUAUUUUUAUUCUCACAUAUGCAGGAUAAAUUAUCGAAACACUCGAGCCAAGUGGAUUUAUUGAAGGAGUUGCUUAAUCUUCAGAAAGAUAUGAUCACAAUGAUGCUGUCCAUGUUGGAAGGUAAUGUUGUAAACGGAACGAUUGGAAAGCAGAUGGUCGAUACUUUAGUGGAAUCUGCCAGCAAUGUUGAACUUAUUCUCAAAUAUUUUGAUAUGUUCCUGAAACUGAAAGAUCUUGUUUCUUCACCCAGUUUCUUAGAAGUGGAUUUAAACAGUGAUGGAUGGGUUUAUCCUAAAGAUUUCAAAGAAAAAAUGGAGCAGCAAAAGAGUUACACUGACGAGGAAAUUGAAUUUCUUCUCGCCUGCUGUGAAACGAAUCACGAUGGAAAAAUCGACUAUGUCGCAUUCAUGGAUCGUUUUCACGAGCCAGCUAAGGAGAUUGGUUUUAAUCUGGCAGUACUUUUAACAAAUCUUUCGGAGCAUAUGCCAAAUGAACCCAGGUUAGCGAGAUUCCUCGAAACAGCCGGUUCUGUUCUUAAUUAUUUCGAGCCAUUCCUUGGCCGUAUAGAAAUUCUUGGAAGUAAUAAAAAGAUCGAGAGGGUCUAUUUUGAGAUUAAGGAAUCAAAUAUUGAGCAGUGGGAGAAGCCACAGAUUAAGGAAUCAAAACGUAGUUACUUUUACAAUACUGUCGUUGAGGCUGGCGAUAAAGAGAAAUUGGAGACGUUCAUUGAUUUCUGUGAGGAUGCUAUAUUUGAAAUGCAACAUGCAAGCGCUUUAAUGGCAGUCGAAGAAAGUGGUGGAAUUGGAAAGGCUAGAGAAUCAUCAUAUACCUAUAUGACCGAUGAUGAUGACGAGAGAAAUAAAGAUCCAAUUAGACGUGGUAUACAAGCGUUUAAAGAUGGAAUAUAUUUUUUCUUCUCUAUGUUCUCGCCAACUAAUAUCAAGAAUAAAAUUUCUGAAAUGCAACAGAUGACCAUUCCUGAAUUAUUCAUAGGCUUCUUCAAAAUGAUCUUUUACGCUUUUUAUUAUUCCGGUUUUGGUGUUGGUGUAGUUAUUCAGUACUUUAUGAAACUUUUAUUGACUUUAAUGAGAGGUCCUCAUGUGGAGCCUGUUGUUGAAGUCAAGGAGGAGGAGGAAAAACCAUUGAGGCAUUUGCCAGCAUUGCCUCCAACGCCUGAUGAAUCCAACAUGCAGGUACAAGCAUUUGGAAUGGACAUAACGAAGGAAGAAGGUGGUCAAUUGAAAAUAGCUCCUCAUGAAUCGAAUGUUUCGACGCCACAUUCGAGUAUGGAGGAGACUGGAGAGAGUACAGCUGAUGAAGGUGCAGGUGGAGAAGAAGGUCAAAGGGCCCUGGGUGAUGGGGUAGAAACAGAAUCGCCUGUCACUUUAGCUGAUUUGCUAGGUGGAGAACAAGCAAGAGCUCAAGCAGCCGCAGCAGCUGAAGCAGCGGCAGCACAACAGGCAGCUAUGGCUGCAGUUGAAGCUGAAACAAAACAGGAAACAACUUCCGAACGUGUAUCUGCUUCCAGUUUCGAUAUUUCCCAAUACACUCAUCGAAUUGUUUCUUUUCUUGCGAGGAAUUUCUAUAAUCUUAAAUAUGUUGCUUUAGUUCUUGCAUUUUGUAUAAAUUUCAUGCUCCUAUUUUACAAAGUUACUUCACUGGUUUCCGAUGAGGAAGAAACAAACGAUACGAUGGCUGAUUUAUUGAGUGAAAUCUCAGGUUCUGGAUCGGGUGUAGGUGAGGGAAGUGGCGUUGAUUCAGGUAGCGGUGGAGAAGAUGGUUCAUCAGAAGAGGCAGAUGUUAUAGAAUAUGUUGAAGUAUCCGAAGAUGUUUAUUAUAUGGCACACGUUAUGAGAUUAAUGGCUGCUCUUCAUUCUAUCGUUUCAUUGGCAAUGUUGGUUGCCUACUAUCAUCUUAAGGUACCAUUGGCAAUUUUCAAAAGGGAAAAAGAAAUAGCAAGAAGAGUUGAAUUUGAUGGUCUUUACAUUGCCGAAACACCAGAAGAUGAUGAUAUUAAAGCUCAUUGGGAUAAAAUGGUCAUAUCAGCGAAAACUUUCCCUGUCAAUUAUUGGGACAAAUUUGUCAAAAAGAAAGUUAGACAAAAAUACAGUGAAGCCUAUGAUUUUGAUCACAUUAGCAAUUUAUUGGGGAUGGAGAAAACUUCCUUUAGUCAACAAGAGGAAGAUGGAUCCGGAUUAAUACACUUUAUUGUCACUAUUGACUGGAGGUAUCAAAUCUGGAAAGCUGGAGUAACAAUAACAGACAAUGCCUUCUUGUACAGUUUAUGGUACUUUACUUUCUCGAUAUUGGGAAAUUACAAUAAUUUCUUCUUUGCUGCUCAUCUCUUAGAUGUUGCAGUUGGAUUUAAGACACUAAGAACUAUUUUACAAUCUGUAACACAUAAUGGCAAGCAAUUAGUAUUGACAGUAUUGUUAUUAACAAUUAUCGUGUACAUUUAUACAGUAAUAGCAUUCAAUUUCUUCCGGAAGUUUUAUAUUCAAGAGGAGGAUGACGAGGUGGACAAAAAGUGUCAUGACAUGUUGACUUGCUUCGUCUUCCAUCUCUAUAAAGGAGUAAGAGCAGGAGGUGGUAUCGGUGAUGAAAUUGGAGAACCUGAUGGCGAUGAUUACGAAGUUUAUCGAAUCAUGUUCGACAUUACUUUCUUCUUCUUUGUCAUUAUUAUUUUACUCGCUAUUAUCCAAGGUUUGAUCAUCGAUGCCUUUGGAGAACUUCGAGACCAACUCGAAAGUGUGAAAGCCAACAUGGAAAGUAAUUGUUUCAUUUGUGGCUUAGGAAAAGAAUAUUUUGAUACCGUUCCUCAUGGAUUUGAUACACACGUUCAACAGGAACAUAAUCUUGCCAAUUACAUGUUCUUUUUGAUGCACUUAAUCAACAAACCUGAUACCGAAUACACUGGUCAGGAAACUUAUGUAUGGAAUUUGUACCAACAAAGAAGUUGGGACUUCUUCCCAGUUGGAGACUGUUUCAGAAAACAGAAUGACGCCGUCGAAGAAGAAGCGAAGAAGAAAUAAUCAAAUUUUUUAUUACAUUUUAUAACACGUUUGCACGUAUGCGAAACUUAAUCCUUCGAAUCGCUCAGAAUUUCGUCCUUUUUCUUCUCAUCAUUAAAAAAAAAACUAAUUAUAAGUGAAAGAAAAAUGAAUUUUGGAGAAACCAGUCACAAAAUUCUUUCUUUUUACUAUGGAGGAGAAAAAACGAUUUAAAUAUUAUAGAAAAUUCAAAAGAAUAGUGAAAAACUUCUCUAAGAAAAUUCAUCAUUAAUAUUUUUCAUGACAAAAAGCUCCAUAAAUCGCGAAAUGUGGCACUAAUAUCGAAAACAUCAAAAAGUAUUUUAAAGAAGCAAUCUUAUCAAAACAAAUACUUCGAUUUUAAAAGAAA